AUGAAAAGGCCUGACAAACUGCUUAGAUUAAGUACUACGAGUUCAAAUUGUCACACUGUCACACAAUCGUUUGGAAUAUUUAAAAGUGGUUAUCAUGAGUGUACAAGUCAAUGUGUUAUACCAUUGUCAAUCAAAUUUGAGCAUGUUAUUCAUGAUUGUGGUUCAACUGACCGUACCAAAGAAUAUUUUGAAAUCAAUCUACCAAUGAAAAAUAUUCUCUAUAUCCAAGAUCAGGGUGAUAACAAAGAGGCGACGAAAGAUCGAAAAAUCGUCAGAGCGACCAAAGAUAAACGAAAGGGUGAAUUGACCGAAAAUAUUAUCUAUAUUAGAUCCGAACAUAAAGUGCCACCAUCCCAAGUACGGAAUAUAUGUAUUCGACAAGCACAAGGACAAUUUAUUUGUGUACUGGAUCCAUUUAAAGCCGAUGACUCAUAG